AGACUUGAAAGUUGAGAUAUCUCACUAAUCCCCAAAAUGUCCCUAUAAAACUGAUGAUCUGCUGAUGAGACAUCCCACUCGCCGGCCGUCCUUGAAGAGCGAGCAGCAAUGGCGCAGGAGAUCGAGCACACCCACCUCCCCAUCCGCGGCCUCAACCUCCACGUCGCACAAGUAGGCACAGGUGAACUGGGCACGGUGGUGUUCCUGCACGGCUUCCCGGAGAUAUGGUACUCGUGGCGCCACCAGAUGCGGGCCGUGGCCGCGGCGGGGUACCGCGCCAUCGCGCCGGACUGCCGCGGGUACGGCCUGUCGGAGCAGCCGCCGGAGCACGAGGAGGUCUCUCCUGACGACCUCAUCGCCGACGUGCUGGGCAUCCUCGACGCCCUCAGCGUCCCGAAGGCGUUCUUGGUGGGCAAGGACUUCGGCGCCAUGCCGGCGUACGAGUUCGCGCUGCAGCACCCGGGCCGCACCCUCGGCGUGGUGUGCCUGGGCAUCCCCUUCAACCCGGCUCCCAUGUCCUUCGACGCCAUCAUGCCCGAAGGAUUCUACAUCCUGCGCUGGCGCGAGCCGGGCAGGGCGGAGGCCGACUUCGGCCGGUUCGACGUGAGGCGCGUGGUGCGCACCAUCUACGUGCUCUUCGCCGGCGCCGAGAUCCCGAUUGCCAAGGAAGGGCAGGAGAUCAUGGACCUGGCCGACCUGUCCACGCCCCUCCCGGAGUGGUUCACCGAGGAGGACCUGGACGCCUACGCCAAGCUCUACGAGAAGUCCGGCUUCGGGUACCCGCUCAAGAUGCCGUACAGAUCUAUGCACAAGCUCCCGAACCGGCUGGACGCCAAGUUCCAGGUGCCGGUGUUCAUGGUGAUGGGGGAGAAGGACUACGCGUUCAAGUUCCCGGGGUUCGAGACCGCCAUGCGCGGCGGCGUCAUGGACAACUUCAUGCCGGACCUCAAGAUCACCUACAUCCCUGAGGGGAGCCACUUCGUGCAGGAGCAGCUCCCAGAGCAGGUCAACGACCUGCUACUCGGCUUCCUCAGGGACCAUCCCUCCGCCGCAUAAGCAGCGGGUGAGACCGUCAGAAUAAUGGAAUGCUUCCUGAGCAACGGUUUCUCUACUCUAUUGCCGUUGCCUGGAUCCAUGACCGUGUUAAUUAAUUAAUUAGUACAUAUACCUCCUACUCAAAUCAGAUGUACGGUUUUUUUAAUCUGCAAUAAAAAUCAUCGUUGCUGCAUU